AGGCGCAGAGGGAAAAUGCUGACGAAAUAUGAGGAAGCAGAAAAUGAAUAUGAUCUCCCAGCUCCAAUGUUUCCAGAUAUCAAGUCAGCAAAGGUGCACAAGGAGAAGAAUGCCAAGCCCCCGGGGUUGAAGCGACUAGACACCCUUGUCAUCUUGACAGCAGAAGUUCUGAUAAUGAUUGUCUACGGACUGUUUGUUCGCCAGGACCCAAUUCCAAAACCGCCAUACCCUUCUCCUGGUCCAGGAGACAACCCUGGACUGAUAGACUACGUUGAGCCGUUCAAGAGAUAUCCGCCGGGUUAUGACAACUACAGCGGAUCGCCGAGAUCAUCGCAGUUCAAACUCCAAGAGUAUUACUCCUCUUUCAUUCAGAUUUCUUUCUUUGUCUUCUUGGCAAUGCCCUGGUCUUUCUCCUUUCUGAGGAAGUUCUCCUAUGCGUCUGCCACUUUUGCACUCUUCACUGCCUGCGUAUCUAUUCAAUUUGGAACCGUGAUGAUGCAAUUCGUGGAUCGAGUUCAUUGCGUUUUUCUCAAGAGUUUGCUCACAAGUCCACAAUUUCCUAUCUCCGAUGCCAUCCUUGCAAGGCUGGGAUUGAAGGACUACCAGUACAAGUGUCAAAUCCAAAUCCCUCCUGUGGAAGUUCAAGAUGACUUCGGCAUGCGACAGCUGCGGCAGGGCUGUUACUGCAGAAUGUGGGACGAGAUGUCUGCUAACAAGACUUUGAUCACCUACAUGCCCCUUGUUGCAGCUCAGACACUGCUGGUUACAGGCCAUCACAACUUCGACACUUUCAGUUUUGCGUUCAGUUUCCAAAACAUCAUCGAUGGCAUGUACGCUACUUUGCCUACACUGAUCUCGUUCGGAGUGCUUGUGGGAAAGAUGGCACCAGCACAGAACGUGGUGUUGGCAUUCAUGAACGUGCUUUUCUAUGCCUUCAACUACUGGGUGUGCAUCUACCUCAUCGGAGCCUUCGACGGCACGGGAGGAGCAGUGACGACGCAUGUCUUCGGAGCCUUCUUUGGAGCCGCCUGUGCUGCUGUAGCGACGCCUGAAGGAGCUGAGAGUGACCCGGACUCUCAAGGGAGAUAUCAAUCCGAGAUCCUUUCCUUGUUCGGCUCCCUCAUGAUGUGGGCCUACUACCCCAGCUACAACUCCUUCUACGCUCCUUCCACGACGCAGCAGACGGUGGCUGUCAACACUUACCUCGCGCUCCUCGGCAGCUCCAUCGCGGGGCUCUCAGCGAGCGCGAUCUUCAACGGCAACCUCAAGCUCACCGUCUUCGAUGCGCAGCGCUCUUGUAUCGCAGGGGGGGUCGCCAUGGGCUCAGUGGCGAAUUUGCUGGCGACGCCAUGGCAGGCCACGCUGAUCGGAGCGUGCGGGGGGGUCGUCUGCUCCUUCUCGGGGCAUUUCAUUCGGCUCUUCUGCGUCGAGAGACUGGGGAUUCACGAUACGGUCGGGGUAAUGUCCAUGCACGGAUUUCCUGGGCUCGUCGGGUGGCUCGCCGGGGUCUUCAUGCUCCUUCCCCUCAACGACGACAUCCUCAAAGGAGACCUGCAAAACAACUACUUGACGUAUGAAGUCCCUUGGUCCGCCGUGCUGCAGCACAGAAAUGGAAAUGGCGAUGCUGCUUUCUAUCAGGCUGUCAUAGCUCCGAUGACUAUCAGCAUCGCGCUGGUCACCGGAAUGAUUGCUGGCACCAUAGCCAACAAAGUUACCACGAUAGAGAAGCGGUACAUGUACAAAGACAACACGUUCUUCCAGGUGCCCGAGGACUUUCAGACGCAAGAGGAGCACAUCGCCGACAUUCACAUGCAAGAGGAGGAGGAUGAGGGGGACGAGGCUUUCUUGUAGUACCUUUUGUAAAUAAUCCACAUGUUGUAAAAGUUACGAUCGUUC